AUGUCCUCGCCUUUGGACCAGCUUGUCAAGGGCGCUCCAGGAUCCGACGCACGCGCUGCCACGCCGGAGCCUUCGACGUCCACGCCCGCUACCGCACCCGCCGAAUCCUCUUCUCCUCCAGGACCCUCAACACCAGAUCCGCUGGCGUCAUUACCCUCGUCUCCGCCUCAGAUUUACUUGAAUCUAUUGAUUCUCGAAGCAUCGCUCCGCGCGCAAUAUUUGGCUCUGCGCGAGCGUCGUCGCCAAAACACGUUCUUCCUGCUGCUCCUUGCCGCUUGGAUUGCCUCUUUCGUAUACGCAUUGUUCCUGCGCCCCCGAGAAGAUGGACGCGGUGUUGGAGGCUCAGUCUAUUGGGUCGUUGAGAUGGGCGAAAAAGUCGCUUUGCUUGGAGGAGUGGUGACAGCGCUGCUGGUCUGGGGAACGGGACAGUGGGAACGUGGGAUCCGCUGGCCCCGGCGUUGGCUUGCCGUAUCCAAUCGAGGUCUGCGGGUGAUGAAUACCAAAAUCAUCGUCAUUCGAGGUCCCUGGUGGCAAGAGCUGCUUUCCUAUGUGUCCUUUCUGUUUCCUUUCUCCGCCCCGUUCUUCCCCUCCCCGACAGGCAACUUCCAACUUGUUGAGCGUCAUCCGUCCGAAAAGCGCACUGGUAGUCGGCAGCACUACCAGCAGUACUAUAACGGCGGUGACAGCGAGUCGGGCCUUGUCGAGGAAGACCUCAGCCCUGGCGGUGACUAUAUCCGCCUUCUCCUCCUACCGAAAUCCUUCUCGCCGGAGUUCCGCGAAAACUGGGAUGACUACCGUACGGACUUUUGGGAGAAAGAGAACGAGCGCCGUGCUCAGCUGCGUCAAAAACUGCGCGAACGUGAGCGCCAAUUCGCCCAAGCAGAGGGUGGCUGGCUCUGGCGCCUAGGUCUUGGCUGGCGCGCUUCGCAGCGUCGCCGCAUGAUCCCUGUUCCCCAGCACCGAUCAACCGACUCGGAAACCAAACAUCGGCUUCAUACCCACCACCAGCACCAACCUUCCAUCUCCUCCAGGCUUGGUCAAGAGCUUCGUGCCCCUUCUGUUCGCCGUAGCACCCGCUCCGAAUCAUCCCACUCUCGAACUUCUUCUCGCAGCAGCACGCCUGUUGAUGCUGAGGAACGCCCUCCAUCUCGCUCCUCCGCAACUGGCCGGCCUCGUCGAGGUAGUACGACCCCGUCUAUCUCCGGCCCCGAAGUCUCUCCCCCAACAACGGAAACGAAAGGGGUCGAAAUCGUUACGACGGGGUCUUUCGCCUCUGACUCAAGCACAAAUCCGCGAGGGUGUCCGAACGCCGUCGUUCUCAUCGGACGAUUCCGGCAUUAUUCCCAUGAGCGAGUAUGA